AUGGGCUGCUUCUUCUCCAAGAGGCGGAAGGCUGAGAAGGAGUCGCAGCCGGAGGACGAGGAAGUGCAGCCAAAGCAGUACAGCUGGGACCAGCGCGAGAAGGUUGAUCUGAAAGACUACAUGUUCAGUGGACUGAAGGAUGUAACAGUAGGUCGCUUACCUGGGAAAGUGGCAGGACAACAAUUUCUCAUUCAAGACUGUGAGAACUGUAACAUCUAUAUUUUUGAUCACUCUGCUACCGUUACUAUUGAUGACUGUACUAACUGUGUCAUUUUUCUGGGACCCGUGAAAGGCAGCGUGUUUUUCCGGAAUUGCAGAGAUUGUAAGUGCGCAUUAGCCUGCCAACAGUUUCGUGUGCGGGACUGUAGAAAGCUGGAAGUCUUCUUGUGCUGCGCCACUCAGCCCAUUAUUGAGUCUUCCACGAAUAUCAAGUUUAGCUGUUUUCAAUGGUACUACCCUGAAUUAGCUUUCCAGUUCAAAGAUGCAGGGCUCAGUAUCUUCAAUAAUACCUGGAGUAGCAUUCACGACUUUACACCUGUGUCAGGAGAACGCAACUGGAGCCUUCUUCCAGAAGAUUCUGUCGUUCAGGACCAUGUUCCUCUACCUACUACUGAAGAGCUCAAAGCUGUCCGCGUUUCCACAGAAGCCAGUAGAAGCAUCGUUCCAGUGUCCCGGGGUCAGAGACAGAAGAGCAGUGAUGAGUCAUGCUUAGUGGUAUUAUUUGCUGGUGAUUAUACUAUAGCAAAUGCCAGAAAAUUAAUUGAUGAGAUGGUUGCUAAAGGCUUUUUCCUAGUUCAGACAAAGGAGGUGUCAAUGAAAGCCGAAGAUGCUCAAAGGGUUUUUCGUGAAAAAGCACCUGACUUCCUUCCUCUUUUGAACAAAGGUCCUGUUAUUGCCUUGGAGUUCAAUGGAGAUGGCGCUGUAGAAGGAUGUCAACUUAUUGUCAACGAGACAUUCAGGGGGACCAAGAUAUUUGUAUCAGAAAGCAAGGAGACGGCACCUGGAGAUGUAGACAGCUUCUACAAUUUUGCUGAUAUACAGAUGGGAAUAUGA